GGUCUCUUUCUCUCUCUCAUUUUCGGGGCUUUCUCUCUCCUCUCUCUUCUUUCAUAUUCUCUAUCUGUCUUUCUCUCUCAGGUUUCUCUCUCCUCUCUCUUUCUCUCUCCAGAAGGGCAAAACCCUAAAGAGCCGUUUACACCCCCAAAUCUGAUAAUGGGUUUCUGAUUUGGUGCCGGUCAAAAUGCUGGAUGUUGCACGGAGAUUUGAAUAUAAGAAAUUUCUGUUUUUUCGUUAAUGGGUACUCUGGAAUUUUAAUUUUUGUCGAUGGAAAUCUUAGAGUUCCUUUGUUUGGAUCUGAAAAUAAUUCAAAUCUUUGUUUUUGUUUGGAUUUGAAAUUGAAAUUGAAAAAUGUGAUUUGAAGUUGUACUUCUUCCUCCCCCUUUUUUUUUUUAAUCGGCAACCAAGCACACGAUUGCGCAUUUUUUGCUUCUUUAUAUGUAGAUGCCCUUUUUGCGGAUCUAUUUGCAUUUGAAUCUGUUUUGCUGAAAAUUGAAUGGAUCUGUGUUAGUUGGAGCAUUAUUUCAAGGCACAUUUUUUAUUUUAUUAUGUUUGUUUGUUUAGUGUUGAAGCUAUUGCUGUAGUUGUAAUUUUACAUUUUUUUAAAAUAAUUUGACGACCCUGUUAUAGCUGCAGUCAUUAGGAUUGCACUGCCACUAAUGUGUCGUUCCAAAACUUGAUGAAAUUAUGAUUUUCUGAUAGCAACUGAUAUAAUGGGUCAAUCUAAAACGUAACAAAGCUAAUUUCCCCCCUGUUAUGUGUUCAUAACUGUGUAGUUUUCAUGGAUGACGAUGCACUGAACAUGCGUAAUUGGGGUUAUUAUGAACCGACCUUUAAAGGGCAUCUCGGUCUGCAGCUCAUGUCCAGCAUGGCAGACCGUGACACGAAGCAUUUCCUACCUGGGGGUGAUCCUAAUAACAUCAUGGUUGGUGCCAAUGGCGCUUUUCAUCCACGUGAUUGUGUGGUUUCGGAUGCUCCUGUUCCAAUGAAUUAUGUAAGAGACAGUUGGAUAAGCCAAAGGGAGAAGUUUUUGAACAUGUUACCUCCAAAUCCCUCUUAUGCUGUUCUCCCAGAAACAUCUGGGGCUCACUCUAUGCAAGUUCUACAGCCACCCAAUUCAUCAAGGGAUGAGAAGGUGGGUAGGAUUGAGGAGCCAAGUGUAAACAAGGAAGGUAGCCAGUUGAAGAAAAGACAAGGUGGGGGUGCCCCAAAAACCCCCAAAGCCAAGAAACCUAGGAAGCCAAAAGAUAAUAGUAAUAAUGCAGUUCAGCGUGUGAAGCCAGCUAAGAAAAGUAUGGAUGUUGUUAUAAAUGGGAUUGAUAUGGACAUUUCAGGUAUUCCUAUUCCAGUAUGCUCUUGCACUGGAACUCCUCAGCAGUGUUAUCGAUGGGGCUGCGGUGGUUGGCAGUCUGCUUGUUGCACUACCAAUGUAUCAAUGUACCCCUUGCCAAUGAGCACUAAAAGACGUGGUGCAAGGAUAGCUGGAAGGAAAAUGAGUCAGGGUGCAUUUAAGAAGGUAUUGGAGAAACUUGCUGCUGAAGGUUAUAACUUUGCUAACCCAAUUGAUUUGAGGACUCACUGGGCAAAACAUGGUACCAAUAAGUUUGUCACUAUCAGAUAGAGUUACAUUGUUGCUGCCAAUGGUGGGACUCGCAUUUGAUUUGGUCUGUUUCUCUUGUAUAUAUCUGUGGCCUUUCGCAGAGAUCUAUCUGGUUCUUUGUAGUUCAUGAAUCUUCACAGAUAUGAUACUUGUUUUUGAAAUUCGAACAUAUGCUCUUUUCAAGAAUCACUGUUAAGUGUUCAGUUCUGUUUCUGUUAUAAAGGCAUCUAGUAACUUCUUGCCAUCAGGAUGUAGGAUGUGGAUGAAAUUAUUUUUUUUUUGUUGGAUUUUGGAUAACAUCUUUUCCUCCCUUAAAUGAAUCUCUUCAAAGAUUGGUAAAUGAAAGCUCCUUUCAUCAUGUAUUAUUGUAUUUCACAUGAUGGUUCUUUGUUAUUUCAUUUGUAAUAGAUUCUUCUGACUGUUUUGAGAA